CACCCCCAUUUGUCUCCCUCCCUCUCUCUCUCUCAUCCUUUUUUUUUUUAAUCUAUCGGCAACGACAUCAAAACCCUAAAAAAAAAAAACAGUAGAGCGAGCUCGAUCUUCCACCGGGCCAUUUCUUGGUUCCGAUCCCGCUUCUUCCAUUCUCCUUUCGCCGGUUGAGCUGAUGAACUGGAAGGGUAGCGGCGGGCAAGAGUAGUAUCAAGAGAGGACGAGAAGGACUUUUUUUUUUUUUUUUUUUUGUGGUGAGCAGAAGCAGAGUUGAUUUCAGGGUGGGGGGAAGAAAUGUACAAGAACCAGCUGCAGGAGCUGGCGCAGAGGAGCUGCUUCAACCUUCCCUCCUACACUUGCAUCAGGGAAGGUCCCGACCACGCGCCGCGCUUCAAGGCCACGGUCAACUUCAACGGCGAGAUCUUCGAGAGCCCGUCCUACUGCUCCACGCUCCGCCAGGCCGAGCACUCCGCCGCCGAGGUCGCGCUCGGCUCCCUCUCCCACCGCGGGCCUUCCCACUCCCUCGCCGCCCGCAUUCUGGAUGAAACGGGGGUGUACAAGAACCUCUUGCAGGAGAUCGCCCAGAGAGUCAGUGCUCCAUUGCCACAGUACACAACAUAUAGGUCCGGUCUAGGCCACCAACCUGUCUUUACGGGGAUAGUUGAAUUGGCUGGAAUUACUUUCACAGGAGAUCCUGCAAAGAACAAAAAGCAAGCCGAGAAAAAUGCUGCAAUGGCAGCUUGGUCAUCCCUUAAACAAUUGGCUAAGGAAGAGUCCAGUUCAUCACCCGAACCGGAGAGCAGCGAUGAGCUGGAGCAGAUAACGAUAGCACGUGCAUUGCAAAACUACCGAAUGAAGGAAAUGAUGACACUAGCACACAGUUCCUCUUCUAAAGUCCCAAUUCCAUUUCAAAAGAAGUUUGCACCUCAAAGCCCAAGGCCAACCAGUCCUCAACCUGCUCCAGUAACAACAUCAAGAAUCCUACCCCUCAUUUAUCCCAAGACAACUAGAAAUAGAUCUAUGAUGGUAAGCACAUCAAACGAGAGAACCUCUCAGCACUGUAGAGCCACCGCAACAACAGCAAGUGACAGAUUCGCCCCUCCUCCUAGACCUACCUCAACAAAUGAUAGGCGUGUACCAGGGCUCAGACAGCCGCCAAAUGCGCUAGAUCUUUGGGCUCAUCAGAAGCUCCAUACAGCAGCAGCAACGGGAGCCAACAAUCCGUAUAUCCAUAUGCAGCAGCCAUUCUCUGUUCAACCUGUGACAAUAAGACAUGCAGUACCAUGUUAUGCUGCACCACCCCCACGCCAUCAGCAGCCUUCUAUGGUUCCCACUCAUCAGGCAGUUCAUGCACCACCCAUGGGAAGGAAUGUCAUCCCUGUAACCAUAAGGCAGGCCAUCCCGGUGUUCGCUGCUGCUCCUUCCCCUGCAGCAGUUAAGAAAGAACUUACUCCUCCAAGUGUCCCGAUCGAGCCCAAGGAGGAUCCUGCUGAAUCAGAGAAAGAUUGCUGCGAGGAAGCUAAGAAAGAGUCUUGUGUCGAAGUCAAGAAAGAGGAGGAUAAGGUUCCCCCUACCGCUGUCAUCCCAGCACCGCCUAGCACCGUAGCUGAUCAUAUGAAGGAAACAUGUAAGAAGACUGCAGUAGACAAUGCCCAAGUGGCGGAAGAGUCAAAUGUAGGUCAGAGCUUGGAUGAACUGAAGAAUCUCAGCAUUUGAACGGGAAGAUGGACGAAGAUCAGAGGAGAGACACAAACCAAACCUUUCUCUAGUUUUGCCAAUGAUAUGUCGAUUAUCUUCCCUUGAACAAAUGUUGUAUUGAGUGUUGUUAUCUUAUGUUACCCGUCUUGUUGUAGUAAGUAGUAUGUAAAAACUGUUAGAGCUGUUGUCGGGUUUCGAAUUAGUUCCUAUUAGCAUCAGAAAAUGUCAUCAUCCAUACAUAUAUCUUUGCAAUUCUCUGAAGUUGUAUCUGUAAAAUUUCUAGUACCCUUUUGAUCUUAUGAGUUGUGGAAAGUGGCAGGUUUGGAAAAGAUGAAGCCAGAGCCCUUCUUCUUAUACGGAACCUGAUUAAUCUGCUAUGGUGGUGUUGUGAUCUCUCAAGCUGGCCUGUCUUCCUGAACCCAAACUUGUGUCGUUGUCUUCUGUUGCAACAUUGAAUAUCCAUUGAAGAAUCGUUGCAGGAGAUGGUCAAAUUUUGGAGUUCCCAAUGUGUGUAUGGACAACGACAGCUAUCUGAAAUGGGGGAAAAUGAAACUUGAAAGCUCCACAUUUCGAACCCAGAAUUCAUUGGAAACCAUAGUUUUCCCGGUUUUGGAGGAUGUGAACGUUACAACAACUAAGAGGCUGAAACCUGUUCCUAUUCAGGCCAUUGGUCACUGGGGCAACUGUUUAGGAUAGUCUCCUCUCCUGAAAUUAAACUUAGCAGCAGUAACUCAAAAUCCAUCCAUCAAUCAAUCAAUCAAAGAUGGGUUGGCUGGCAACCAACUUGCUUUAAUUAAUUGGGUUCCAGAUUACCAGUGAUCUGAUUCUGUCGUCUGUCUUUUCUAGAUUUCAUCGGCUCAAUAGUGUCACCAUUAUCACAGCACAAAGUCAAAUUCACAAUAUGCAUCGUGACAUCGCACUGACAUCACCGCAACCAUUACCGCCUUCUGCUACUGGUUUAGGGACAAAACAAAAGGUUAGUGAUGACACUGAUCAUGAGCCCAUUCUUCUACUUAUCAUGACAAAAUCUAAACACUUGAUCACUUGUACUCAUAUUUGAAUAGUAAGUAUUUUACUUUAAGCAAAGUUUUCGAACCGGGUAUAUCUAGUCGGCCGAUUCAAUCGAGUCCAACUGGAGUCGGUGUUUUGAACGUCUUCGCCAUACAUCCGUCUUUCCAAAUGAGACAGAGGCGGUCAGAAUUGGGAAUAUAGUAUUCGAUUAGCA